UUGAAGUAAUACCUAGCAUUGAUGGCAAUGAAAACCCAAAUGGGAGGAAUGAACCAAGGAAUAGAGCUUCCUGGGGAUUUCAGCAAGACGGUUCUUGAAUAUGAACUCAAAUUAUCAAAAAAUGAGCUUUCUCAAGAACAACUUGGGAAGCUACUUGGCUACUACUCAAUAGCUGUUUCUUACUAUGACACAAUGAAUGAUGCAGACACAACUCUAUUUUAUGAGCAUAAGAUAAAGAAGGCUCUUAAGUCAACAGCUGAGGCUGUAAGUCAGAAAAAGAAGCCAAUUAGCAAGGCUAACAAAUAAGCUUGCUCAGAUGAAACUCCAGUUAUACAUCAUGAAUAAGGAUAAAGAAAAAGAGAAACAAAGAGAAGUCUUACCUGAAUAUAACCCAAUUCAAAAACAAAGCAAGGCACUGGAGAACAGCCAGCGAGCGGUUGAAAGAGAUUUUAUCAAGCAAGAGGAGAAUUUUAGAAAGAGACUAGCCAUGCGGAAGAAAGGUAAACGUAUCCUGGCUCAGCCUAACUGGGGCAACGAAUCAUCUAUCAAAGUCAAUUCACUUUCUAAGAAUAAUUUUAGUAUUGAAAAUUCAGUAGAACUUAAUUCGAGCGAUGUCAAUUUUGAAAAGAUGUCAAACUCAAGCAUGAAAGAUGAAAUGUUAGGAAUCAUCACUACAAUGACUCAUAUGAAGGCCUCAGACAGUCUAGACAAACUCAAAAGGGCAAGAACUUUGGAAGAAAAGCUGUCUAAACCGCUACAGAAAACCCUACAAGAGACUGUGGUUAAGAAAAAGUUAAAUAGGUCGACCAGUUCGAUACCCAAGAAAUUAAAUGAGAAAGGAAAUCUUUCCGAAAUCAUUGAGUUUGAGGAAAACCAAGAAACCCACAGUAUUGAAUUAAAGGAGGAAAAUGGACAUAUUUCUUAAAUAUUUCUGUGACCAGAACAGAAUAAUAUUUAAACUAGCCACAGAUUCCACCUUCUUUAGGGGCUUCCCUAAAUGUGGC